AUGCUUCAACCCAGAAACGUAUCUGGGUAUCAUUAUUUGAUUGCAAUUGUGAUUCGAUUUGCUUUAUUGCACAGUAAUUAUAAAUCUUCAAUUCAAGAGCGUGUUGAAGUUUCUACACCUUUAAAUUCCUGGAAGAGGUUACUUGAGGGAAUACAUUUGUACAGUGUUAACGUUGAUCCUUACUCCGGUGACCUCUUUCAUGAGUCACCGCUAAUUCUAGUAACUUUUCGAUUACUAAUAACCUAUUUGGGACCAUAUAUUGAAAUUUUAUUUGUGUUCGUAGAUGUUUUAGUGGCAUUUUUAUUGUAUAAAACUGCAUGCUCAUAUGUAACAAAACUUGCGAAAGAAGAAGAACGCAAAUUACAAAAAGGAGAAUAUUCAAAACUUUCAAAAAGUUUAGUGCUCACUGAAAAUAAUUCGGAAAGUAUUCCGGCUUAUGUUGCUUAUGCUUAUUUAUUUAAUCCAUAUAUUAUUUUCAAUUGUGUUGGACUUACAACCACGACGUUUUUUAAUUUACUUUUAACCGGUAUUUUUUACUCCAUCGUGAAGGAAAAAAAAUUACUUUGUACACUAUUACUUUCACUAGUUACAUUACAAUCAUUUUAUUUAUUUAUAUUAAUAGUUCCAUUAUGCCUUCAGUUUUAUCAUUCUGAAAAAACAAAAAAAUGUAUUUUUCAAAUAAUAAUAUUGUUUUUAUCCACGUUUGGAGGUUUACUAGCAAUCUGUCAUCACAUAGCAGGAAGUUGGGGUUUUAUAGAGUCCACUUUUGGAUUUAUUUUACAUGUAAAUGAUCUAACACCAAACAUUGGUUUAUUUUGGUAUUUUUUUACUGAAAUGUUUGACCAUUUUCGUGCAUUAUUCAUUUCAGCCCUUCAAAUAAAUGCAACAGUUUUAUAUUUGAUUCCGUUAACAUUACAUUUAAAAGAUGAACCUUUUUUCCUCACAUUCACUCUGACAGCUCUGACAACAGUUUUUAAAUCUUAUCCAUGUUUAGGAGAUGUAGGAUUUUACUUCUCGCUACUCCCCAUAUGGAAACAUUUAUUUUUUUUUAUGCAGCAAACAUUUGUAACAACUUGUUUUUUAAUAAUAACAUCAGUUUUAGGCCCCUCAGUGUGGAAUCUAUGGAUUUAUGCAGGUUCAGCUAAUGCAAAUUUUUUCUUCGGUGUCACAUUAGCAUUUGCAACUGCUCAAAUAUUUUUAAUUACCGAUUUAUUAUUCGGUCACAAAAAAAGAUUAUUCGCUUUAACCAAUGGUUUACCAGAAGAUUUUUCUGAAAAUUUAUUGGUGUUAGAUUAA